AUGAAGAAAAAAGAGGAUGCUAAACUGGAUCAAGAUCUUCCGUCAGCAUCACAAGGUAGGCAGGAUUUUGAAGAUUUAACCUUUGGAGAUGACGAAGAGGAUGAUGUUGGUAAUACAACAAUUAAAUCAAAGAAACCGAGGACGAAAGGUGCUUUGGAUGUAUAUUACGACCGCGUUCCAGCAAAAGGAGUCCAAGUACAAAAAUUGAGCAAGGGAAAACAACAGACGAUAAAUGAUGUUCAGGAAAAAGAGUUACGUGACAGGGCUUGCACUAAAUUGGCUAAAUGGUUUUAUGAAGCCGGAAUACCAUUUAAUGCUGCUAAGCACGAAAGCUUUAAGAUUGCCAUUGAAUCUGUUGGACAGUAUGGUCCUGGUAUGAAGCCACCGAGUUAUCAUGAGCUGAGAGUGCCUUUGCUGAAGAAAGAAGUUGAGAGUGUGAGUGCUCUCGUAAAAGAGCAUAGAGAUGAUUGGGCAACUUAUGGAUGUUCAAUUAUAUCUGAUGGGUGGCGUGAUUCUGUUUCUCAUAAAGAAAUUAUCAACUUCUUAGUGAAGUCGCCAAAAGGUUCAAUUUUCAUCAAGUCUGUCGAUGUGUCUGACAUUGUAAAAGAUGCAAACGCUCUGGUAGCAAUGUUCGAAGAGAUGAUUGAUUAUGUUGGAGAGAAGAAUGUGAUCCAAAUCGUGACAGAUAAUGCCUCCAAUUACAAGAAAGCUGGAAUGACGUUGCAAGUAAGGAUACCCUCACUGUUUUGGUCUCCAUGUGCAGCACAUUGCAUCGAUUUGAUGCUUGAAGAUAUUGGUAAAAUACCGCUUAUCAAUGGUGUGAUCAAAAAGUCAAUAGCUUUGACCGGUUAUAUUUACAGUAAGAUGGGCGUGCUGAACAUGAUGAGAAGAUAUACGAAUAAGAGAGAGUUACUUAGGCCGGCAGUCACUAGAUUUGCUACUUCCUUCAUCACUUUGAGGUCCAUCCAUAACCAGCGGCAGAAUCUCAGAAAAAUGUUCACCAGUGAUGAAUGGACUACUAGUCAGUGGUACAAAGAGGCAUCCGGAAAACAGGCAACUACUACUGUGUUGAAUGAUGCUUAUUGGAGACAUAUUGUACAUGCACUCAAAUUGGGUUCUCCUCUUAUUGAGGUGUUGAGAAUGGUUGAUGCUGAGCGCAAGCCCGCGAUGGGUUAUAUUUAUGAGGCUAUGGAUCGUUGUAAAGAGACCAUUUCCAAGUCAUUCAACGGAAACGAAGACAAGUAUAAGAGAGCAUUUGAUGUAAUAGACUCUAGAUGGAAUGAUCAAUUGCACAAACCAUUGCAUGCUACAGGUCAUUACUUGAAUCCGGCAGUCUUUUAUAAAGAUGUGAAAGGUAUUUUGGCUUGUUCAGAGGUUAUCGAAGGCUUGCACGAGUGUAUUCUAAAACUGGUUCCCGACAUAAAUAUGCAAGAUCAGAUCAUGAAAAAGGAAACGGCUUUGUAUCGGGACGCCGUUUCCUGUUUCGGAAAUCCUUUAGCUAUUCGACAUAGAAAUCAAAUGGCACCAGCUGAAUGGUGGAAACAUUAUGGAUCUAAGGCACCAAAUUUACAAAACUUUGCAAUUCGAGUCUUGAGCCUAACUUGUAGUGCUACUGGCUGUGAGAGGAAUUGGAGUACUUUUCAACAUAUUCAUAGCAAAAAGAGGAAUCGUUUGGCACAAGAACGCUUGAACAACUUAGUGUUUGUGAAAUACAACAGAGAUCUUGAGCGAAGAUUCAACAUACAAAACGUCACUGAUCCUAUACUCCUAAGUGACAUUGACGAUAGUAAUGAAUGGUUAAUGGGCAGGAUGGAGGGGGAGGAUGAGGAUGAGGGGGGUGAUGAUUUUGUCUUCCAAAAUGAGUCGCUCAGAUGGAGAGAUGUUGGUAGAGCUUCUGGUGUGUUGGAGCCAUCUCACAAUACUAGAGGCAACACAAAUACUCGAGAUCAUGCCUCAAGUUCCAAGUCUACUCGUAGUCUUGUGGAUGAAGAUGAAGAGAAUGAAGAUAUAAACUUGGUUGGAGCAGAGUUUGAUGAAGGAGAAGAUGACUAUCAUCUAAGUGAAGAUGAUAUAUAA